UGCUUUUGCUUUCGGAACAGCCGCGUCGCGAACAAAGCAAAAGUGGCUACAGCCGCACAAUGACGUUUUUUUUUUCUCCUGGGAUGCUUUCGCAUUGACAAGCUCGGUGUCGCAAAAGGGCAGAGCAACAAAGAGUUUGUUUAACUUCACUGUGGGUGCGCAGCUGCAACCGGGUUUGUCAAGAAACACGAGAGAUUUUCUGGGACCGAGAGUACCGCAUGCGACCGAGGCAUGUCGCGCGGUGGGCUCCUCGUAUGUUUGUGCAAUGUUUGCGUAGGUAGUCCGCACACGCCUCGGCUGCUGUUACAA